UACCACAAUAGCAUACGCAGUUGCAACAAAUUUAACUUAUUCAGUUUACUGAAGAGCACAACUCUUGUUAAUCCUGCUAAAAAAUUAUACAAGUAUCUCUUAAGGCAGUGCGACAGAUUACCAGGAGAUCCCAAAAAGCAUUACCGUUUUAUGAUAAAACAAAGUUUUAAGCAGCACAUAACAGAAAGCGACCCAGACAGAAUUAAGCAGAUUAUAGAAAGAUCUUAUGCAGAUUGUGAAUGGAUUUUGCAAAAGUAUCUAGCAAAGACUUCUAGAUGAAUAUGUUCCGAGUACCUUUAGCUACAAGUUCGACGAUAGUUUCGGUUGACAAAUUUUGGGCAGCAGUUUUAUUAUAUCAUGAUAGGCCUCAUUUAGUAAAUCGUAACCUGGUGG